AUGCGGUACUUCUUGGGGAUGGAGGCUACAAGAUCAAAGAAGGAUGUUAUUGUAUCCCAACAAAAGUACAAUCUCGAUCUGUUGAUCGAAACUGGAGUGCUAAGUUACAAACCAAACGAGACAUCAACUAAUGCUGCUUUCGCAGUCAGCAUAGUAAGUCAACAUAUGCAUUCUCUCAAAGAAGUUAACUUGGAAGCAAAAAAUAAACGAAAAGGAGUAGAAAUAUUCAAUGGUGCAGAUUGGGCUGGAUCAACAGAAGAUAGAAGAUCUACUACAGGCUAUUGUACGUUUGUAUCGGAAAACUUGAUAACUUGCAGAAGUAAAAAACAGAAUAUAGUGAAGCGAAGCAUUUCAGAAGCUGAAUUUAGAGAAGUUGCACUAGGAUUAUGGAUAAAGAAACUCUAG